AUGGCUAAAAAGAGAGGAGAGGUUGCAUUGCAAGAAGAAAUUGUAGACGAAGAUAGUUGGAACGCGCUGCGUAUGAAGCAAGGGCUAAUAGUUGUCGAUGUCUAUCAAGAAUGGUGUGGUCCUUGUUCCGCUGUUGUUGGUCUGUUCAAACGACUCAAAACAGAAAUAAACGACGAUUUAUUGCAUUUUGCUGUUGUAAAAGCAGAUACUGUUGAAACGUUUGAACUAUAUCGAGGGAAAUGCGAACCAUAUUUUCUAUUUUUUGGAGGUGGAUGCCUUGUUGCAGCAGUAAAAGGAGUUAAUCCUCCAGAGUUGGAGCAGUGUGUCUUGAGCAAGUUGAAGCAGGAACACGACGUCAUAAGUGGCGAAGCUGAAAGGGUUGAGAUCCGUGAUCCUAUGGUUAUCGCUAGAGAACUGAAAGAGGCGGAGAUUAAACAAAAAAGGGAGGAGGAGGAGGAGGUUGAACAGGAACUUACCUUAGCAGUACUGAAACCUGAUGUUGUGCAGUCUGGGGUAGCAGAACAAAUUAUUAGAGAACUCGAAGAAAAAGGUAUUCAAAUACUUGAGAGCCAAGAACAUUUAUUUACCACUGAAGAGGCUGAAAUCUUCUAUGAAAAUGUUAAAGAUCAGCCUUAUUUUCAAGAUCUUGUUGGAUUUAUGACAUCUGGUCCAAGCAAAAUUAUAGUCUGUGCAAUAAAAGGCAAGCAGGGCAUUAUUGACAAGCUAAGGGGACUAAUUGGAACGUCGAUUUUUGAAAAGGAUUCAGAGGAAAUGAAUGAAACGAUAAGGGCAAAAUAUGGUACUGGAAUAAUCAAGAAUGCGAUCCAUGCAUCAAGCUCUAAAGAAGAGGCUACAAGAGAACUAGCGUUUUUCUACCCAGGUUACGAGCCGCCAGUUAUUACAGUGAAACGUACCCAAUCAAUUGGUAAAGGAUAUGAAGAAACAGUUUAUGGCACUGGAAAACAUGAAAUCGAACGAACAGUUGCAGUAUUACGGCCACAAGCUUAUGAAUUAUAUAAAGAUGAAAUAGUAAAACAAAUUAAAAAUGCUGGAUUUACCAUAACACUGGAGAAAGUUAUACAGCUGACUAAAGAACAAGUAGAAGAAUAUUAUAAGGAACAUAUGGGACAACCAUAUUUUGGGGAAUUAACUACUUUAAUGUCCAGUGGUCCAUGUUUGGCUUUAUUAUUAGCUAGAGAAGAUGCUGUCGCUAAAUGGAGAGAAAUGUUAGGGCCAGCAAGUGUUAGUGAAGCCAAAUCUACAGUUCCUGGAUCAUUACGUGCUCAGUUUACCAUGAAAUCGCCGACUAAAAUGACCAGUGGGAAAAGUGAAGGAAUCAACCUUAUACAUGGAUCAGCUAACGAUCAUGAAGUGGAGAAAGAUAUUAGUGUAUUUUUCCCGGUCGAAAAAACAAUUGCAGCGAUUAAACCCGAUGCAUACGCUAAUCGAGAUGAAAUUAUUGAAAGGAUUGAAUCAGCUGGUUUUCACGUGGCAGCACGUAAAGAAACGACUCUUACUAAAGAUAUAGCUCGAAAACUAUAUGAAAAUUGCUCUGGUCAACCAUUUUACAAUGAUCUAGUUAAUCAUAUGGUCAGUGGUCAGACUUUGUUCAUGGUUUUGACGAGAAGUAAUGCAAUUUCCGGUUGGCGGCAACUGAUGGGACCAACAGAUCCAAACAAAGCAUCUGACGAAUCAUCAGAAAGUAUUCGUGCAAUUUAUGGUAGAGAUAUUCUUCGUAAUGCAGUUCAUGGAUCAUCUAACAAAGACGAAGUUCAACGGAUUCAGAAUUUAUUAUUCACCGGUAUCGAAGCUACUGAAGAAAACCAAACGAUGUCGUCAAGAAGUAGUAGACGAGAUUCAAUAAAUGAAGAAAUGGAUAUGGAUAAAGCUCACUCAUAUGCAGUUAAAGAAGAGCAAGAAGCUGAAUCAGCUAGAUCACAAGAAAAUGAAGAAAUAAAAGAUGAGGAAAAUAUGUUAAAUACACAGAAAGUAAAUGAUGAAGAAAAUAUACAAUCGGAGAGGCAACAAUUUACAAACUCUGAUGAUAAAAUACAACAUGAAGAAAAUGAAUUAACUGAAAUCACUAGUGAUACAAUGCCAAUAGGAGAAAGUGUAGAAAAAAAUGAAACAAGUAGUUCUAGUUCAUCAGAUACAUAA